AUGUCUGUCUGUCCCGAGCCUCCGGAGCAGGACGAGUUCGACCAGUUCUUCACCGUGUUUGACGGCUCUUCUCCGGAGGAUGUGUCCCACGCCAGGCAGCUGUGGAGCUCCCUGUCCCUCCUGCCGCCGCUGGAGUCCCGGCUGGUGUCGGCAGACAUCCGACAGAGGCUGCCGGUGUCCCGGCCGCAGCGCAGCAGCACAGCAGCAGCGGCUGGUCCCAAACUCUCCGCCCCGGAGCCGCCGAGCGUCCCCGCUCCCCGGCAGAGACAGGAGGAGAGACAGCGGUACGUGGCCAUGGCCGACCAGAGGAGGGAGAUCCUGGCUCUGCUGAGGAGACAGAGGGAGCAGAGGAUCCAGAAGGAGCUGCUGUCUGUGGCUUUUAAACCGAAGGUGAAGCUCGGCAGAGAAAAAGAGCUGAAAGUACAAAAAGCUUCAGACUGUGAGAUGGACCAGGACCAGGACCUGGUCAGACAGCUGCGGUAGAAGGAGGGG